AUCCUGGGCCCGGACGCACCGCCCGACAUCCGCCUCGACCGGGCCCACCGAGCACUGGGGCAGGCCAGACCGGACGGCAGACCCAGGGACGUGGUGUGCUGCUUCCAUUCCUUCCCGCUAAAGGAGCAGGUCAUGACAGCGGCCCGGAAAAUGCUGACCAUCAAAUUUCAAGGAGCGGACCUGGCACUCUUCCAAGACCACUAA